CCGAGCUUAACUUCAACAACGCAUUUAUUACUUUCACUUUGAAGAUACCCUAUCAAUUACGCGCCCUCGCACUCGGAUCUAUAUACCAUCCAGAUGUCUACAUCGUACGAGGAAGAAGAGACGGAGCUUGUUGAAGCCUACGAUUUUCUACUUAAGUUCAUUAUCAUCGGCGAAGCCGGUACUGGCAAAUCAUGCCUGCUUCAUCACUUCAUUCAUAACACAUUCAAAGAACACUCACAGCACACGAUUGGUGUCGAAUUUUCUAGCCGAACGAUUCGAGUAGGAGAGAAGAGUGUCAAACUACAGCUCUGGGACACAGCAGGACAGGAACGAUUUAGAUCCGUGACGCGUAGCUAUUACCGUGGAGCAGCUGCCGUUUUACUUGUAUACGACAUCACAAACCGAGGAUCUUUCGUAAAUCUCUCGAAAUGGUUGGCAGAUGCGAAAGCACUCGCAUCACCACAGCUUGUGUCUGUCCUCAUCGGGAACAAAAGCGAUCGGGAGGACGAUAGAGAAGUGGACUACUUGGAAGCCUCUCAAUGGGCCGCUGACAAUGGCAUCCUAUUCCUGGAGACAUCAUCCUUAACAGGAGAUAAUGUCGAAGCCCCGUUCCUUUUGGCUGCACGCACCAUUCUCCUUGCCAUCGAAUCGGGGGCGUUGGAUCCAGAGAAGGCUGGGAGCGGUGUAAGUUACGGUGAUCGAGCCCUACGCCGCGCCGGCAGCUCUAGCCGUUUGAGCUUUGGAAGCUUCGGCAGCAAAGGAAAGAAGUCAAGACGUGUGAACCUGAAAGAGAUGAUACGGGCACCAAGUAAAUGCUGCUAGAAUGAUCAAGGAGGACAGAUGAGGGCCGUAAUGGUUUCUAUUUUUCUAUGUAUUUCUACCCGUCACGACAUGUAUACCGACAGUCUGAGAGCCUACCUAUACGUCUUAUACCUUCA